UGUCACAUCUCUAUUUAUUAACUCAGUGUAGGAACAGAAAUAAACAUUUGUUUACAAAAACUUUCAAUUCAUUGUCGUGUUCAAGUUUAAAAACUACUGACUUGUUGCUGUUUUCUAUUUUAAAAUGGGUGGAUGUCGUUGUUCAUUUCGCGAUUGCAGUGUGGGGACGUCUCAAAACCCCGGCAUGCAUUUCUUCCAUUUUCCAUUAAAUGAUAAGGAGCGCUACAAACGCUGGUUGACAUUAGCCAACACAAUGCACUUUAUUGACAUGCCAAAAACCUUUCAAAGGAACCGCGUUAUUUGUGCUAGGCAUUUUCGUGAUGAAUGCUUUAAAAACUAUAAACGAGACGGUAUAAAUAAGGGCGCUGAGCCAACACUGCUGCGCUUAAAUGACGAAAUGGCUUUGGAUUAUGCUCAAGUGGAGGAGAACGGUGGACCCGAAUUGAUCAAGUUACCAAAUUGCACACUAAAACAUUUAAUUCCGCCGCAAGGAUAUGUGUUUGCCUUUUCCUUUCAUGACAAUUUGGUUGUAAGUGAAUACUUGGAGGAAAAUAAUAUUGUACUAGGAAACACAGCUGAAGCUAAGCAAUUACUUAAUGCAAAAAGGAAUAGGAACGAGGAUGUGAACACUGAGGAUAAUAGUGAUGCAAAGAGAAUGAAAAUUUUAAAUUCCACCGCCAUCAACUUGCCUUCCAUAGCAAGUGACUCUAUAUCAGCUGAUACAAUUAUUAACUUAAAAAUCGGCCAGUGUACCACAGCGUUGAAUAUACCACUGGAUAUCGACGAUAAUUUCGAACCUGAAGCGCCGGUCGAAGAUAUAUCAAUAGAAGAAGAAGAAGAAGAAGGCGAAUAUGAUUUAGUCCAGAUCGACAAUUAUAUAAAUGAGAAUUCAGUCGAAUUGGAAAGUGAUAAUAUAUUUAUAAAGCAACAAUGUGAUGAACUGUCUAAACAGUUGCAAGAUAAAGAUGAGAAAUAUGUUAAGAAAUCAGAGGAAUUGUCAGCACGGAUUCAGGAGCUGGAAGCGGAGCUCAUGAAAUCAAAAGAUGAGUUAAAAAAGAAAACAACCAUAUUAAGUAGCACCGAAAUUGAGCUAGAAAAAGUCAGUACUGCAUACCAAAAUUUAUUGGAAAACUACGAAGAAUUAGAUAAUAAAUAUAGAAAUGAGUUAGAGAUCAAUAAAAAUACUUCGAAAGUAAACCAACGUUUGCAGCAAGAAAAAACUCGUUUAAGUGAAAAAUGCGUGGAAUAUGAAAAACAAAAACAGCUAAAUCAAAAAGAAGCAGUAACUACUAGUCAGGCAUCGUCAUCAUCAUCGUCAAUGAGCAAAGAGAUCGUCAUUGGUAAUCGACGACACACUGCAGCUGGACACAAUAAUAUGCAAAACACACCGUCAAAGGCACAACUAUUUAACGGUAUUAAAAAAUACAUAUCAUCAUCUAUGCUUGCAUUGCUGCGCAUGGAGAUGUUCGGCAGCGCGGAUCGUGAUUGGAAACCCGACGAAAAACGUGUGGCUAUGGACCUGCUACAACUUGGCGAUGAAGUGUAUAAAUAUAUAAAUGAUGAGUGGCGUUUCCGCUUACCCGCCUUAGGUGAAGUAAGAGUAUGGCUUGCAGACACUUCAAAUUCAAUAGAUGAAGACGAGGAUCUCUAAUAUCUAGAUAGAAGAAAAUAAUUGAUACAAGUUUUAAAACAUUGUUGCAUUAUCUGCGAAGCUUGUUGCUACCGGACUAUCCAAAUUGCAAAUAAUUGACGUGCUCUGAAAUAAAUAAAUAUUUAUUGUUAUUUAAGAAUAAUAAAUAUAUGGUAAGAUUUAAAAAUAUCUAUUAGGACUAAAGAGGUACAAAAAUAUUGCAUAUAAUUUGUAUACAAAAUUAAUUUGUCUUUGCUUAUUUAAGUAACUAAUAUGUUUUUCUUUCAGCUCAGACCACCCACAAAAUGUAAACAAUAUAAAACCAAUUACUGAAUAAGCUAACAUUGUAACUGACACUCUUUAUAUUGUAAGAAAUAAUCAUUAUUGUGAAAUAGCUUUAAGAAAAUAAGAAAAAUGUGUAAAUAACAGUAAGUUGGAAAUAAAGAGCUUAGUUAUCCAUCAGGGCAACCAAAAUAA